CAUAGCGCCCUACGACUACAGCUAAAUUUGCUCAGCCAUCGCUUUGUUUUCUAUUACAUUAAUUUUUGUUUGAAAUUCUAAUUUGAGAUUCUUAUAUUUUAAAACAAUUAUUAAUGUGUUAAAAGCUUACGUUCAAACAGUAAAUGGGAAUAAUAAGACAUCGACAACAAUGGCAACGUAUUCGAUCAUCAUGACGAUGUGUACUAAGGGAAACUGUUUCAGAUUUUUAUUAGGUCUUGCUCUUAUAUCAUGUGCAUUGGUUUAUAACUUUUACAGUAAUACUAUGGUGGGAUACAAAACGACACAAUUCAAGGAUCCAAAAUACAAACUGGAACAUUCGCUUUUUCAAGGAACUUUUGACGUCCACUUUUCUCUGGCGACGGAAGAAGAAUUCUGGGACGCUGGUCCGAUAGAUAUCUAUGAAGCUUUUGCUCAACAUUCCUACAAGACUUUAGAGACGUGUAACAAUACUUGUCACGUUAUAGAGCCUGUGUGUAAAGCUAAUAGUUCAAAAGAUUUAAUUAAAUUAAAUUUACAAGGUUUAAUAUAUCAGAAACCGUUCCUCGCGAGAGGGCAGUAUGUUUUUGAAUGGGAGAAAAAAUAUUUGAGUCAUCCCCCUUUGAACGAUAUUAAAACGCUGCCAGAUUUGAAGUUGUCUAAAGUGACAGUUGAAAACACAAGACAAGGUGUGGUCAGGUGUAAGAUACUUGAAACUAUACACGGUCGUCUGGAUGUCGUGGAUGGGUACGGGCGUCAGAGAACCAAGGGAGACGAUGUGGUCAGGGUGUGGAUGAAGGGAGGUAAUAACUCGGAUUACGCUGUUGUUGGUAACGUCACAGAUUUACAAAAUGGCAGCUAUACUUUCGCUGUCAAAUGUUUGUGGAAUGGGACGUCUUUGAUAAAGGUAGCCAUCUCCUACCCACGAGAGUUCAUGCGAGUCGUUAUCCAUCAGAUUCAGGUUGGGGUAGCCAGGUAUAUGUCAGGAACUUUCAUCAAGGAAAAUCUUAAAGAGGAUACAGUAUGUUUCCAUACCCCAAACAGACCAGGCUCGGAGUGUAUCUGUAACUUCAGCAACUUUGGUUAUGAGAAUUAUUACUGUGGUAGACCAAGACAUCCGAAAUUGACCUGUGAUGAUUGGCUCUAUGGCGACACUUUAAAGGAGGCGCCUGCACACGACGUAACAGCUGCUGAAAAGUAUUUGCUUGCAACGAUUCGAGGAACACCAGAGCAGCGAUCAGUGAGUCAUGGGAUUAAAGUUCUAACUAUAAGCACGGGUAAAUUGCCUGAAAUGAAACCUUGUCGUGAGUCAAAUAAAAACGUCACCUGGGUCACAAAUACAACCAAAGGCUUCUGGACUUUCGGAAAUAUCUGGAACUCUCUUAUCUGUAAAGAUCAAGGAGCGAUCACACGUGACUUGACACGGAACUGUCUCCGGAACACUUCCGUCUGGAUCUUCGGUGACUCUAACGGAAGACUUGCAUAUUUUAGUUUUACGGACAUAGUGCAGUGUGUUAAAAAAGAGGGGGCAUAUCCGGAUAGAGCAAGCUGUGUUAUUCCAGAGUACAAUAUAAAUAUAACCUUACUCGCGCAUGAACCACCGAAAUACGUUUGGACCCGGAGAAGCGACAACUUCACAGGCGUCCCAGACUUUAUCCAAACCUUGCCAAGAAACAAAAAACACGUUCUGAUCAUCCAUUACUAUCUCCACUACACCGCCGCCCAUCUUAGUGUCUUAUCCUUACGCAUGAGAAAACUCAGGGAUGCCAUCGAGAAAAUGCUGGAGACGAACCCGAAUGUUCUAGUCGGUCUCAGAAUCCCUCACGUGACAUCUAAGUACUACAAAAAUCAUGCCGUGGGCGGGGACCCCCUGGGCCCCCAGUACAUCGAGCUGAUAAGGGAAAGGUUCAGAGGUCUAGAGGAUAAAGUUGUGUUCUUGGAUUUGUGGGAGAUGUCCAUUGGAAUAGAAAAUGUUGAUUAUCAUCCACCACAGUAUAUCAAUCGUGAAAUGAUCAAAUUUCUACUAUCAUUUCAAUGUUAAU